AUGCUCGUGGGUCCGCGAUUUACCAACUCAAUUAUUGGAUCACAUCUGCACUUCAUCCCGCGAUUGAGCUUCACCACAAGAGGCCGACCCCGAAAAUCGGUGGAAGAGGUGGCGACGCCCAAGGAGCCAAAGGAGCAAAGUGGUGCCAAAGCGAAGAAAGUGGCGGAGGGGCAGACGACAGAGAAGAAAACAAAGAAGGAAGCACCGGCGACCGAGGCGAAGGAGACAGUGCCCAAAGCCAAGAAGGCGAGGGCCGAGAAAGCGGCGAAGCCAACUGCGAAGCUGCCAAAGACGACGUUGGAGGCGGUGAAGACGGCGAAGAAAGCCGCGACCCAGAGAGCGGAAGUGGAGGCGCCGGACGAACUGCUGAACAAAGCGGAGGCGAAAGCACCCGAGAAGAGACCGAAGAAGGGGAAGGUCGAGCUGACUACCCAAGUGGCAACGGCAACGGGAGGGGCAGCAGAGCGCACGGAAGCCGUGAAAGAGGAGAAGCCGGCUCGAGUUGUGGAGGCGAAACGCGGAGAGACCACCAAAGAAGACGCGGAAGCCGCGUUGCCUAAAUGGGAGCACCUGACGCAGGCCCAGCUGAAGGAAGAGUGCAAGAAGCGACGGCUGAAGGUGACGGGGAGCAAGCAACAGUUGGUGGAGCGCCUCCAGGAAGCUACUCGACCCCCACCCGCCGCCGCCGUCGAGCCACAGCCUCAGGGACCGGUCAUCCGCAUUAUCGUGGCCGAGAAGAAGUCGGCCGCGGAGAACAUCGCCCGAGCGUUAGGGAUCAAGAAGUUCAAGAAAGAAGGGGCCAAGGAACCAGGAUUUAUCGGCAAUGUAGAGCUCACACCGAAUGGAGUCCAGGUCGUGCCCGAUGAAAGCGGCAGUGGCGGGGCGACGGUCGUGACGUGGGCAUCGGGCCAUCUGUUCGAGCUGCAGAAAUACGCCAUGUGGAAACUGGACAAGCUGCCCAUGCUGCCCUCCGAAUGGACGUUUUCAUGCAAGGGGCCAGCGCAAAAGAGGCAGUUCGAAGUGAUCCGCAGGCUCUUCGAGUCGGCCGACGAGAUCGUCAAUGCAUGCGAUGCGGGGCGAGAGGGCGAGCUCAUCUUCAGGGAGAUCUUUGAACAGGCCAAGCCCAAAGCGCCGUUCAAGCGACUCUGGAUCUCGUCGCUCACCGACGAGGCCAUCAAAGAAGGUUUUCGAAAGCUCCAGGCCGGCACUGAGUAUGAUUCCCUCUAUCACUCGGCCCUGGCGAGGACCAAGGCCGAUUGGCUGAUCGGAAUGAACGCCACGCAAGUCUACACGCUGAGCUACCGCCCCAAGGUGCCCUCCUUCCAGGGCAAGGAGGCCGUGUCCCUCGGUCGGGUGCAAACGCCUGUGCUCAAAAUGAUCGUGGAUCGCUGGAAAGCAGCCCACAAUUUCAAGCCGGGCUCACAGGGCCAUGCGCCGCGGUUGCAGGAGCCGUACUGGGAGCUCCACCUCCGCUGUCGGCCUCAGGGAAGCGACGAGCACCUGCGACUCAAGUACUUCUCGCCCGAGGCAGCGAGCGAGCGCAUCGCCUCGGAACAGGAGGCCGAGGACGUGCGACACGCGCUGGGACCCGUGUGCACCGUGCAGCAGCUCACCCACAAACGCCGAAUCGAGAAGCCGCCCAAGCUGUUUGACCUCACCGCCCUUCAAAGCUCUGGGUCUGAGUCGUUCGCCUGUCACUGCCCGAACAGAGAGGCCAAUCGACGAUACGGCUAUACGGCCGAGCGGACACUGGGCGCGCUCCAGGGACUGUACGAACAUCACAAGCUCAUCUCCUAUCCGCGAACAGACUCGCGCUACUUGACCAAGGACAUCUUCAACGACGUCAACACCAUCCUUGAUGGCAUCGGCAAGCACUCGAUGUAUGCUCCCGCGAUCGAGGACGUGCGCAACAGCAAGAGGCUCAGCCUGUCCAACAAAGCGGUCUUUGACGCGGGCAAGGUGUCCGACCACCAUGCGAUCAUCCCCACGACCAACAUUCCCUCGGAAAAGACUCUGGCCCACCUCUCCCCCGACGAACGAAAGCUGUACCACCUGAUCGUGUCCCCGUGCUUCAUGCCCGACUGCGAGAAGCAGCACACGGAACUAGUGGCGGUCAACAAAUCGAAGCACUUCCGCGGGAGGGGCGUCGAGCUCGUCAAGCCCGGCUGGCGCUCGGUCUACUCGCUCUCGCCGUUCGCCGCACCGCAAGACGGCUCCUCCGUCGACGAGAAGGAGGUCGACGAUCAAUCCACCACCGGCGAUGGUGGCGACUCCAUCGGCGAUGGUGACGAGGAGGAAGCGACGACUGAUGAUGGGAACCUGUGCUCCAUCGCCAGCAAACUUAAGGAGAACGACACGCUCGCCUGCGUCCUGCCGGCCGAGGUGAAGUGCGAGCAUACGCGGCCGCCGCCGCUCCUCAACGAGGCCUCGCUCCUCUUCCUCAUGGAGACGGCCGCCAAGUAUGUCGCCAAGAAAGGAGCUUAUGAUGCGGAGAACGAGGCUGAUGACGGAGCCGAGGAGUCGCUGAAGGAGUUCGGAUUGGGCACGCCGGCGACGCGGGCGCAGACCAUCGAGCGAUUGAUCGCCGUCAAGUAUGUGCGGCGAGAGGGCAAGAAGCUGGUCCCCACCGAGAAGGGCAAGAUCCUCAUCGAACUCCUCCAGAAGACCCACUCCUCCCUCACCUCGCCUCAGAUGACCGGCCAGUGGGAGAAGCGGCUGCAGGACAUCGCCAAGGGCGAAGGCAGUCACGAGGCCUUCGUCGAGGACAUCAAGCGCUUCACGGAGCAGGUGGUCGACGAGGCCAAGGUGGGCGCCACCCGGCUGCCCGACUUCCGCAAGAUGAUGCGAACGAUCAACCAACAAGAGGAGGGCACACCGCAGACCUCCGAAGCCGCUGGCGCAGAGGCCGCCACCCAGGCGCGAGGGGGGUGGGAGGAGGAAGAGGAGGAGGUCCUGGGCGAUUGCUGGAAGUGCGGCAAGGGCCACGUUGUCUCGCGGGCUCGAUCAAACCGCUGGACCUGCUCCACCGAAAGCUGCGACUUCAUCAUCUGGAAGACCACCGCCAGCCGCGAGAUGCAACGGGAAGAGCUGAAGGAGCUGCUGACCGAGGGCGUGACGCCGUUCCUGUCGGGCUUCAAGUCGCGGGCGGGCAAGCCCUUCGAGGCCCGGCUGGCCAUCAACCAGGACGGCAAGGUGGUGAUGAUGUUCCCCUUCACCGUACGCCGAAGCGCCGGCGGCGGCAGCGGCGGCGGCCACAGCCGUGGUGGACUUUCCCGACGACUGCCGGGCAUCACCGAGAGCUCUGAAACCGACGAGUAA